GAAAUUUCCAAGGAUUGUAUUGGUAAAAUUUAUCAACAAUUGAAUAAGAAAACAACAUUGGAAGCUUCCCUAGAUUCAAAUAUUGUAUCAAAGGCACUUCAAUCAAAUGUUACACUUGUAAUUGCUAUUGGAAUUCUUGCGUUAAUCAUUCCAUUAUGUAGUGGAAUGUUAUAUUAUGAAACUUAUAAGAAUGCCAAGUCAGCCCUAUUCACUUUCACAAAUGUUGGAUUAUUUUCAAAUGUGAUUGGUCAUUUACAAUUUUCAGCUUUUUAUUUGGGUGAAAUUCUUACCUUUUUUGGUUUGUCAGGUUUAGCCCAAUACGGAGAUACCAGAUAUUGGAAUGAAAAGCUUAAACCUAGUGAAUUUGAACAAAUUUACUCCUUAUUAAGAUAUGAAUCUGUUCUAUUAUACUUGCAACAGCUCAACAUUACAAUUACAUUCAAUGCAAAAGUUCAAUAUUGUUUUGGUAUUGAAGAAGUAAUGACCGAUUACUUAACUUCUUCAACUCAAGAAAAUACAAGAAACUUUUACAAUGCUCAACAAAAUUUAUUUUCCAAAAUAGUAUCAACUCCAAGUGGUGGUUCAUCAUCAGAUAGGGAAUUAUUAGAUUCCUUUUCAAAUAGAAGUUCAGUUGGUUUGUUGGAUCCCUUACAUUUAGAUGAUCAUCCUUAUUAUUAUCAACAACAAUCUCCUCAUCAAUCAAGUAAUAUUCUUAAAUCACCAUCAUCAGCUGGUCAACCUCAUCAAGAUGAUAAGAAUAAUAAUAUAAUAAUAUUACAAUCACCUAAUAGUAAUAUGCCAACAUCAGCAACCUCAUCAUUACCAGGAUCAAAUUGUAAUAAUUCAUUUAAAUUAUCGGAACAACAUGAUAAUAAUAAUACCAUAGAAGAGGAAGAUGAAGGUGAAUCACAUAUUGUACAUAUUAAUAAUUGGGAAUUAAAUUCAAAGGCUACUAAAAAGUGGUUUUUAGGUUUGAGAAGAAAACGCUUUUCAUCCAAUUACAUUUCUACUACAAAGUAUACAUGGUGGAAUUUUAUAAUUCUUAAUUUAAUAUAUCAAUUAUGUAAAAUUGGUAAUAUUUACUUUAUCAUUACAAUGAUAUUUGCCUUAAUACCAGGUGUUUCACCCAUCACACCCAUCACUGCAGUUCUCCCUGUAAUUUUCAUUAUCGGAGUGAAUAUGAUAAGAGAGGGAGGUGAAGAUUUUCUCAGAUAUUUAAAUGAUCGUAAAAUUAACAUGAUGACCACAAAUGUAUUAAGAAGAGGAGGAAAUAAUUCCAUGAAUAAUAAUAAUAAUAAUAGUAAUAAUAAUGGUAUUAAUAUGAUUGAACAAGUAUAUACAUGUGAUUUAAAA